AUGGAUCCUGGCUUGGGAAACGCCCAAGCUGUCCAAAACGACUUUGAUGAUGCGGUCAAUGAAUACAUACGACAAACUGGGGACGACAUCAGGGCGAAAAAGCCGCUCUCGAAGGAGGAAAUGAGAAGAGAAAUGGCAAAGAUUUCUACGGGGUCUGCAGAUCACUCGCUUCGGAUGGCGUUGGACUUUCUGAUGAAAGUAGGGGAGCUCGCCAUAGGAACAGCCUCAAAUGCGUGGCCACCAGCAGCUCUUUGUUUUCAAGCUCUCCAAAGCCUCGUUGAUGCAAAAGACCACUAUCAACGAUACUUCAGUGUGAAAAGUGUUCGUGGCUCCUUGGAUCAGAUCUUGACCGUACUGCAAGAUGUCUCCAAGUACCUCGAAGGUACCAAUCUGGGUGCUCAGAUAGACGACGAACUCCACGAUCUUCUACGCCAGCGCUUGGCUUACUUCCUCCGAAUGUGCGCAAUCUAUACCACGGUCCAGAAAAACUCCAAGAGGGCCAGGGGAAUCGUCAAGAACCUCUACAUGACUGUUGCUGGACGCGACGGUGGCAUUACGGAGACCUUGGACACACUCAGGAGUUUGGAGGACCGAGAAAAGAAAUAUCUCGCCCGGGACACCUGGACGAUCACAAGAGCCUUCUGGGAUCUCCAAGCCAAGGAUACAUUCCAACAACGCAAGCUUCAUGCAAUCAUGGCUGGACUGGGCCUGAGCGAGAAGGACCCGGUGUGGAACAGUUCGCUUGAGAGACACAUCAAACUACGACAGAACUUUUUGGGAAAUUCAGGAGCCUGGCUACUGGAUAGCAAAAGGUUUAGCGAUUGGAUGAAGCCCGAGACCACAAAGCAUGUCUUCCUGCUGCAAGCAGAGCCCGGGAAUGGGAAAACGUAUCUCUGCUCCGAGGUUGUGGCAGAGCUCGAACGCCGACGAAAAGAGCGACGAGGAGAGUCGAAUCCCUCCUGCCGGUCCGUCACUGCCUAUUUCUACUUUGAGGAAGGCAGGAAGUCGUCAGCAUCCAGAGGCAAAGAGGAAAGAGAGACGCCAAUUCGCGAUGCGUUUGCUGCUAUCUUGUGGCAGCUUGCGAACCUCGAUCCGGUAUACCAGAACUUCGUCCACUCCGAGUGCACCAACAGCCAGAGCAAGCCUGCGACCGGAAUCGAGCUCUGGGAUAAGUUUGUCACUACUUUCUCCAAUCGCGCAAGGAAUGAGGGACGGAGGAUAUUCUACAUUGUUCUCGAUGGAAUAUCGAUCAACCACAGCAAGAGCUCCGAGCUCAUCGGCAUCCUGAAGAGGGCCACACAGCUCCGCGGCAAGCAUAUCGAAGCGAGGUUCUUCCUCUCUGGUACAGAACAUGCGCUGGAAAACAUUGGUCAGACUCUCAACGAGAGCACUGACGUCAUCAAAGUCUCUGACCAUAUCACGGCCGACAUCCAUGCUUUUAUUGGCUCUCGCAUGAAAGAACUAUUCAAUAAAGGCAGCAAGGAGGAAACUGAGAUUUUGAAAAAACUCGAGGAGAAGUUGCGGCAAGAUUACAGUGGGGGCUACCAGCAAGCGGAAUCUGCUUUGGACGAUAUCAAAAACGCGAUUGGAAGCAUGAGUGAGCUCCAAAGGAUUCUCGAUCGCGAGCCGGGAAUCAACCUUGAGUGGCACAUCAAGAGGCUCACGUCGAUUCUGAGCAAGGAAGAAAUCGAAGAGGUCAAUGACAUAGUCAUAUGCAUUGCGCUCUUAACAGUAUGGCCGAGCCUCAAGCAACUGGAGACGUUUCUCAAACUGCGGGAAGGGUUGGAUCACGACCAGGUGAAGUCGAUCGAAUUCUCCGGACUCCAGGAGCGACUGCAGGAAAGAUACUCUCAGCUCUUCCAUCUCGAAGACGACGAGGACCAGAUAGUCAAGUCAAAAGACACUAUGGAUUUUUUCCUGGAGCGAGAGAGAAGCCUCAAGGAUGGUGCCGCCAGACUAGCCGGACUGCAAAGUGGCAACGACCGAACAACGCAGAAUCAGCUUCACGAGUCCGAGAUCGCUACGGUUGAGAAGAUCAUCAACUCUGUUUGUGGCGACGAGGUAUUCAAACGGUUCCAUUUCGAUGACUUCUUCAAGAAAUUAAGGGAUCCGCGAAACUCGUUGAGCGCAACAAUCCAGUUCAACAGUACUGAAGGUCAUAUCGAAAUCAUCUAUCGAACUCUCAAGGCAGCUUGUGAUGAAGCCAGGGAACGGUACAGGAGCCUCCACGAAUACGCAGCCAUGGAUUUGAUGGACCAUCUGGGACAUGUCACGCCACCACAGCUGGCUACCACUUCGCCCACUAAAACGAAAUCUAUCAUGGAUAACCUCGUAGCGUUUUUCAAGGACAAGGAUGUUAUACGAGCUUGGUUAAAUCCCUUCAGCAUCCAACGAAUUCCUUUUCAUGCAAGGUUGGGCGACUUCGAUUCCAUCGACAACGCUCUUCUAUUGUUGAAUGAGCCUUCAUUGAUGCCAAAGGAUCUAUCAAAGAGCUCCGGCACGCCAGGAAAGGAAAUCGAUACUCCAACAGAAGGAGAGCAGGGCUCUGAUGUCGUCGAAGACUCUUCAACGAGCCUGAAGUACACAAAAGCAGGGUUGCUCAAGACUCCUACGGAAGUCUUGGCAACCAUGUGGCUCCUGGAAGAGACACAUGAUGUCCGGGAUGUAUUCUGCUGCUUUGGUGCUUUCUGUACGGCGUUCUUCCCUGAAAGUGGAAAAAGUUUCUAUCGGGAUAUUUAUCUUGAUAACGAUGCGGAAACGGUCUCCACGCUGGAAAAAUACGCCGCACGAGUCCUGAAUGUGACAGACAUCGAUCAGCACCUGAAAGACCAUCCCACUUCGCUGUGGAACCUAAGAGUAGCCGAGACCUACCUGGCAUGCGGCCAUGCAGAAGAAGCCAUCACAAGAUGCAAAGCUGGAGACCCAACUUCAUGGCAGAUAAUCUGGUGCACCGCCAGGGCACAUCGUCACCAAGGCGAAGUCAAUCAAGCCAUCAAGGUUCUGGACCAAAACUGCGAUAAAAUCAAGGACCCAACCUGGCGGAAAGCCCACGCAAGUGCAUGGAGCAGCAUGGUCUCCCAGCUGUUAUACUGGUAUGACUAUGCGGGAAAAACUGAAAAGGCCAUCACCUUUUCUCGAAUUCUUUGGAACAUUUACAAAAACGACCUAGAGGUCCAGAAGCUUGCGCUGCAGCGAGUCGAUCCAGCAUCCAAAAACAUCGAAGCCCUUAGAUCCUUCUUGAAAGCUUACGAUGCCCCGGUCGAUCUGUUCCACCACUGCGCCGACGACUCCAGGUUCCAUGACAAUGUUCUGUUGGCACUUCAGAAUGAUUUUGGAGGCAUCAACAAGCACUACCUCGACGCCAUCGACGCACUGAAGAAGACAGACAUGAAAAUCAACGGCACGCGUACAACGGAGAGGCUUGCAUGGCUUCGAUUCUACUACGGCAUGGCGCUGUUCCACUUGGACCGCCGCAGAGAAGCACAGAUUGUAUGGGAGGACAACACUUCCGAAAUCCGCGAAAACCUCCAAUCGGAGCCUGGGGAGCAGCAGUCGCUCGUCCAGAUCUACGCGAGAAACACGGAAAAGCUGGCUGAAUGUUACAUCCAGAUGAUGAAGAAGUCAGAGAUCGGUACCAACCAAGCAUACGCAUUCGCCUUCAAGAUCGACGGAAGCAUGGGCGGCGAUUACCCAUCUUCGGCGCAGUCGCACAGACUGACUUUUGCGCUCGCUCGCAUAUACUCCUUCAGCGGCAUCGACUUUCUUGCACGAGAAAGCCUGAAGGGCGAAGUCCGGAGCGCUUUUCAGAUCUUGACCGACGACGUGGACGAGAAUGACUGGGAAGGCUAUUGGAGGCUGUGUCAGGUUUUCGUGGCGCUUUCCGACCAUGACAAUGCCCGCGUGGCUUGGUCGCUGAUCACGCAAGAAACCCUUUACGAGGCGGAGUUUUGUCGCGGCGACUGUAAAAGGCUUUGGAGUGAUUGGGGAGAAAAAGACCUUCAUAUCUGCAUGGACUGUGCAGAUGUCCGUCUCAGCUCUUGCUGUCUAAGAAAAUUGCAAGAUGGGUUGUUGGAAAAGCGCAUUUGUGGUAAGGACCAUAGCUUCAUGUCAUUCGAGAAACUUGAUACCGCAAGAGCAAAGAAGUUCGUGGAGAAAGGAGUUGUACCUGGUAGCGACAGACAGAUUCUUGAUUGGCAGAACGAGGUUAGACGGCUAUUCGGACUCGAGGAGAGGACUGAUGGAACAGCGGACCCAAGUCGUUUGCGAAAAUUUGCAAGGCGACUGGUACCAUGGUAG